AUGUUCGCCUCAAUUCAGAAGCUCGCCAUUUUGGCUCUCUUCUUCGGUCUCUCUGCUGCUGCACCAGCUCCAGCUUCUGAUGCUGUACCCCAAGUUUCCACCGAAGCUUUGGCGGCCUUCGGCCUUACUGAGGAAAUUGUCGCCGCCACCAGCAUCACCAGCCGCGACGUUCUCGAGGCUCGCGCCGUCCUCGAAACACGCGUCGCUUCGUGCAAACCACCAACCACGCCCAACAACGCCACUUACGGCGCCUGCAUCCUUCCCUUGGUCGAGCAGGCCCGCCAGGGAAACACCAUUUACAUGUUAAUUCUAGCAGAAUACUUGACCAAGCAUAUGGGUUGCCCCACGGAUGGCAUUUCGGGAGCGGCUGCGCGUCCAGUUGUCCAGGUCCUUGCUCAUCGCUGUGGGGGUCCAGGCCCACAGCGUGUUGAUCAGGGAGCAAAAGGCUGGUCCAUCAACAGUUCUUUCAACGAGAAACCUUGUCCUCCAGGUAGCAAAUGCGCUUAG